AUGCCUUCUCUAAGCAAUCUCAAAGUCCUUCCCGUUGAUCUUGAUAAAGAUUGGGAUGGAGUCUUUGGCAGCUUUUGGAAAUCAUGGAGCAUCCCAAGACAAGCUCCAAUGGUAGUCACAUUCCCUCACAUUGGCGAAGGUGGCCCAAGGGAAGCUGCAGCCUUUGCAGUCAAGAAGGCCCAGUACCUUGCUGCUGCACGGACGAGUCCUGGGCAGAUGUGGUUCAAGCUCGUCGAUACAGAGAAAUCGCCGCCGCUCAUUGUGGGAGGCUGUUGCGUGACGCAUUGGAAGGAUGAGGAGAAUCCAAGGAAUAUGCCUGAUACUCCUCAUUACGGAUUUGAGCCGGGGUCACAGCUUCGGCUGAUGUCUGAGCAGCUGUACGGACAGUUGGAUGUGUGGCACCGCCGAGCAAUGAAGGGACGAGAGCAUAUCUAUGGUCAAGCCAUGUGGAUUCUCCCCGAGUAUCGCAAUCUUCACGCCGCUCCCCUCCUUACAAGCAAAUAUGAAUCCAUCCUCGACGAGUACGACGUCGAAGGGUAUACUGAGUGUGUCGAGCUGAGCAAGGGAACGCUCGAAAGAGCCGGCUCCAUUGUUCUAAACGUCAUCAAUUUCCCUAUGAAAGUUGAGAACCCAAGCGAUGAAACCAGGGACCUGAUGGAAGACUUUCUAUCUGAGCCGCUGUAUUUGAUGUGGAGGCCGAGGAACAGUGACAAAGGCAAGGACAUUGCGCCUCCUUCUGUAGGGCUAAGGCAAUCUAAACUAUAA